UUCAUCUCUUCUCUUGUGAUAAACCCUAAACCCAAAAUUCACAUUCAAUAAUCCAAAUCAAAAUCAUGUCAGACCACCUACCCUCCGAACUCCAAUCAGAAAUCAUGAAAAUGCUUCCUGUGCAAUCAUUGUUUCGUUUCCGAUCAGUCUGCAAAUCAUGGAAAUCUGUGAUCGACAGCUCUGAUUUCAUCACUGGUUACAGCGGCCAACACCACCAUCUGUUUGUAGGGUAUACAGAUGAUAAGGAUAUGUUUAACUAUAAGCAAAGUUUUGUUUCAAUUGUUGAUGAUAAUAAUAUUAAUUCCCCCAAACAGAGAGUCUCCGUUACUCUUCCCGGGUUUCAGUACAUAAUCGGUAGCUCUCACGGCUUGCUGUGUGUAUACAGUCCCAACAGGGUACUUAUUUUUAACCCUUGUAUCAGAAGAAAAGCGGUUGCUGUUGAUCUGUCUCGUGUCGAAUAUGGGUGGAGCAUAAUAACCGUUUUAGGUUUUGGGGUUUGUCGUGAGACCAACGACCCUAAGAUUGUCAAGAUUACACCCACUAUAAGCCUUUGGCAAGUUGAGGUGUUUACAUUAAGCACGGGGGCUUGGAGAAGUCCGUAUAGCGAUGAUUUUUCUUGUAAAUCGGUUAAAUUUAGCUGUGAUCAGGUGGUUAUAGAUGGGUGUCUUUAUUGGCUUGCUCGUGAUAGGCUUGUUGAUGAGUAUUAUAAUUUGAUUGUUUCGUUUGAUCUGACAAGUGAAGAAUUUAGAGAGGUAAACCUUCCGGAUAGUUUAGCCGGUUAUGGUUCUUUUUCCAUGUAUAAGCUAAGCGACUCCCUUGCUGUGGUUAAAGAAAGCAUAGACGCUCACAAACUAGGUUUUGAUGUAUGGAGGAUGGAGGAUGAUUCGUUUAAAAAGCUCUACACUAUUAGUAGUCACUCACCGGAUGUAUCCAUACUGCGUGUAUGUGGACUUAGGAAGACUGGUGAACCGUUACUUGAAGUUAUUUUACGAGCUCAGCAUGGCUACACUAGAAUGCUUGCUGCUUAUGAAUCCUACUCUAAAUCCAUCACUAAUCUUGGGAUUAUUGGAAGAAAUAUUUAUGUGUAUAACUACAUGGAAACACUACUACUGCUUUGAUCAGCCGUAUGUUCUGGUAGCUAAUGCUAUAAAAUACUUUUUGAAUUUUCAUUUGUAUUCUGAACUGUUUAAUUUUGGUUUGCGGAAUUAUGAUUCUGACAGAAGAAGUUUGUUGUUUCGUUUUUUUUUCUGGUUUACGUUAAGUUGUUUCCAGAUGAGUUGUAUGAUUUUCAGUAAAGUGCAGUUCUGGGUCUGCUGUAUACUAGUUUUGCUGUUUGAUUUCGGAUUAAGUUGAUUUAGCUCUGUUCUGAAUGCAUC